AUGGGUCACUUCCGGCGCUAUCUAGCGCUCGUCCUGGCCUCCCUCACUCUUUCUCUAGCCCCCGUAUACGCUCUCGAUUGUGUCGUUCUCGUUCAUCUCCACCCACAGAUCAACCCGCGCGAAUUUUUCUUUUCUCCGCAGCUCUUACGCUCCGAGAGACGCCAAAACGUGUAUCAGACCUUCUCCAGCGCCGUGGAAGACGUGCAACGCAGCGUAUCCAGCUUUAUCACCGCUCAAAAUGAAGAGAAGAUCGAAAUCUCUCGUCUCUGGCUGCAAAACACCCUGAUAGUUCGCUACAAAGAGGAAAAUCAGGGGCUGAACAGGCUCUUCAGUCGAGAACUUUGGUCGUUCCCAGGCGUGUUGGAAGUAGAGGAAGAUACGCGAGUUCUGAGACUCAUUGGAGCUCAACAGGAAGACGACAUACGGAAAGAGGAUAGAGAAAAGCCUCAGACUAAUAUAGAGUUGCUACAUGCCCCUCAAUUGUGGGCCAAAGGAGCUACAGGGAAGAACGUGGUCGUCGCGAGCAUCGACUCAGGCGUUCGGUACACGCAUGAGGCCUUGCGAGCGACGUUUAGAGGCACGAAGAAGGACGGGACCGUGGAUUUUGACUACUCGUUCUGGUUCACACCGGGCACAGACAUGUCGAAGGAAACGCCGGAUACAGCGGACGAAGUGGGUCACGGGACGCACACUAUGGGUACAGCCGUCGGUGACAAGGGCGUCGGUGUAGCUCCGGACGCGACGUGGAUCACGGCACGAGCGUUUGAUAUCUGGGGUGCCGCCAAUAAGAGCGACUUUUUACUAGCAGCACAAUGGGUGCUCUGUCCCACAAAGAGAGAUGGCACGGGUGCAGACUGCACUCUAGGCGCAGAUGUCAUCACGAACUCGUUUGGCGUGGACCGCUCCACUCCCGUGUAUCCACAGUGGACGUGGCUGAGUAAAGUGAUCGAUACGUGGCGUGCCGCCGGUGUCUAUCCGGUAUUCGCCAGUGGGAACACCAAUGGGUUUCUGUGUGGCAGUGUGUAUUACCCUGGAAGCCAUGAAGAUACUAUUGCUGUUGGCGCUCUGAUUGGAGGCAGUUCACUAUGGGGAGCAAGUGGGAAGGGACCAAGCUUGGAGACAGCAUUGGCGUCGUCUUCAAGAGACAAGUACGUUAUUAAGCCUGACUUUGUAGCUCCGGGAGUUGGGAUCCGGUCGACUAUGAGUGUCAAGGACAACGCCUACACUCGACUCACGGGCACUUCGAUGGCGACUCCGCAUAUUGCUGGUGCUAUCGCUCUUCUUCUCAGUUUGUAUAACUCGUCGGAGGAGAAUUCGCCAUCGUACGAGAAGGUUCUGCAGAGUCUCACUGACACGACCACACGUAAACUUCACAAACCGUUCCUUGUUCCCAGUGAGUGUGGGAAUACCUCCUAUCAAGAAUACCCCAACAAUAUUUACGGAUGGGGUCUGGUGAACGUUUGCUCAGCGGCGAAACACUUGGGUUUUGUAUGUGAAGACUCGGCUCUCACAGGAGAAGUUGCUACCGAGUUUGUGGCAACCGAGUGA